AUCAUUACAACCCAUUCUGAAAUAUUUCCUGUGUGACGUGGGAUCACAAAUCACAACAUGAUGACAUGGUGGCAUAAUAGAUUGAACUCUUUAUUGCACAUAAUAAAACAAUAAAACUGAAUGCUUGGUCCCUGGGAAAUGACGGUAUUAAAGAUACACACGAUGUGGGGAUAGAAUUUAGAAUACAAAGAAGCAAGAAAAUGGAAUUCUUUCAGAAAGCCCUGCUGAUGUUUCUGAUUUCUGAUGUUGAAGGUGUUGUUAUCCAGACAAUGGAUUUAACAAUCGGAGUGAACCCACUGGAUAUCCGAUGUAGUGCAGCCAACAGCGGGGUGUUAUUGUACGUAAACUACUUUACCCUAGAACGGAAUGGAACACCUGAUGCCAAAGUCACGUACAACCGAACUUCUCAGCACACAGAUCGUAUUGUGAUGGACGUUACUGAUAAUAGAUUUAGAUAUAACUUGACCGGAAACGUCCAUGACCCGAACCCUGUUAAUAAGUUCUUAAGGGUAGUUGUACCUAUGAACCUAACAGCAUGUAGAGAUGAAGCCAAUUAUACGUGUGUUUUGAAUGGACAGAACCAGGAUUAUUCUACCUACGUAGAACAAGUUUCCAAAUACGUAGCCGUGAGGACUAUUCCAGCUGCUAUUGAUGAGAUUUUUACACCGCCAACUAGCGACAACAUGUUGGACUCAUCCGGUGGUGGCAGUUUCCUGAUAGAUUCAACCUAUCGGUUCACGUGUACCGGCAUUGUCGGCAAACCACCCGUGAGCCUGCGCUGGUGUUACAAACUGAACGGGGAUGUCGCCUUUAACCCUUUGAUUUCGUAUACAGCUGAUAUAUCAGAAUCAGAACCAGAAAUUUAUCAAGACUGUAACAACAAGAGACAGUCGUUCCUCAAUUACACCAUGACAACACAAGACGCGGAAACAGUUCUCUUAUGUGAACCGUACAGUGGCAUGUACUAUUGUGGCAAUGGCGCCAUUAACAAAACAUUUGUAGUCCGUGCUUAUUCCCGUACCAGUGGUAUGUUGAAUAGUGCUGCCCACCGUCGAUUGUCAAUUAUUACUAUAACUGCGUGUUUUAUGGUGCUUAUUUGUGUCAUAAAUAUUUCAUGAGAGCAAAUUUUACAGCCAUCCAUCGUAGUGUUGUAAAUAACGGCGUGGCAGCAUAUUUUGAGUGAUUUUAUAAACUAUCGGUUUCAUUGGAAAGAAACACAUAAAGUGCGACAUUGAACUCCGGCACUGCAAAGUCCACCAUGUUUUGCUACCCUCAAUACGAGCGGUUUUCAGAAAUAUUAAAAUGCG